CACAUGUCAAAAAGGGGGGUAACUCUGUGACUUGACAUUGAUAAACAUGGCUUGAACUUGAAAUUUUGGGUGAUGAGUAAUAACGUUCUAGAUGACAUGAUGGAGUCUUGCAAGGGUCUUCGGCGAUUCGUCUUACGAUGUCCACACCACAAUGUAGACAGAUGUCACCGUGUGCCGAGACUGUCAAUAUGGCAAACUCUGUGUUUCCCAACAGUGUAUGCAGCUGAGAAGGCAACUGCCACAGACAAGAUGGAACAGGCUGUGUCAACACAGAGUAUACAAACAGUGAACUUUGUUUCUGAAAUGGAAAUACAAGAAUAUAUGAUGAAAGAAACAGGAAAAGACCGACUCAUGAAGAUGUUUUCAAAAGAUCAUAUAGGUGGCUGGAGUCCUGAGGUGCAGUUCAUAAAGCAGGUGACAACACAAACAGCGUUGAUCACCUUCCUCAUUACAUCGUUUGUUGGUGGUCGACAUGCCAGGGAGGAGUUUAUCAGGAAGCACCAGGCGACAGUGUUCUCAACGCGGUUCAGGGCGUUUAGAUCACUUCAAGAUUCUAUCUUCUUGAGGAGUUUGUUGGAUGGAUCAAAGUGGACUGUGAAAGUCUCCCUAUUCACAGUGUCCUUGCUAGGUAUAUCACAGUCUAUUGCUGUAUAUCGCAACAAGUCAUCCCCAUUGGAAUAUUCAGUAGGUUUAGGAAUAACAGCAGCUUUGUUGAAGUGCAACCUGGGACUUAAAGGAAUGUUUGCCGGAGGUGUUUUCGGAACAGUGAUGGGCCUUGUGGGAGGGACGGCUAUUUGGGGUGCCAUGUAUGCACUGAACGAGACUCAGGAACAGAGACAUUAUUGGAAGGUGCAGAGAACCCUGGAGAUGGAGAAAGCAUCGAAAGGUCUUCUUGUAUCACCAGAAACAGGAGAGCAACUUCAGCCUCAGCCUCUUUCGUAGUUAUCUCCCUUUAUGAGGACUCGUUCUCUACCACACAGCCUAUGUUGACUAGAGCUGAAUGAACACUUUUCAAAACAUAGUAGAUAUUAUUCAUCUUCCAUCAAAAGUGUCAAGGGUCUUUGUAAAGUGUUUGAAAUCAUCUGGUAGUCCUAAAUUUAUGACAUUUUAAAAAUAUUGUAUGCAUGUAUCCGAUGUGAAUAAAAUCCAACCAAACUAA